AACGUCCGCUGAGCAUCAGGUGGCAACCGUGUGAUAUAUCAGCCUGUUUACACUGCCUGGGCCAGCAAAACAAUCCAACGAAAUUAACAAAAUCAGCACAAAGUUCAAUGUUUUUAGGCACCACACACACCCCAAUCCAUUGGCAAGAUAAAGCAUAGCGAUAAGUAUGAACUAGAGAGACUGCUGCUGGCCACGACGACGCGAGAGAUGGCAGCGAUAAAGAACAUCACCCUGGGCAUUCUGUAUGGCCUGUGGGACAGCAUUCGGGGCAUGACUUUGGUCUUGCACAUCGACGACGAGGUGAAUCGCCAGAACGCUGAGCUGGAGCAACGCCAGCUGCGACGCAACGACAAAGAUCGGUACGAAAGAGCGCGCAGAUCGCCGUCGCCAGUGCCCAGCUCGGCGGCGGCCAUGAUCCGUGAGGAGUAUGCCAAGCAGGCGGAGGAGAAUGCCGACGAGCGGAGUCUGCAAAAGAUGCUUAGCAAGAAGACUGCUGCCGCCAAGGAGGAGCAGCCGCAGGGCGAGAAGAAGAUCGCCAAGAAGCUGUUCAAGUGCUGCAUGCUCAACGGCGGCUUCACCUGGCUGAGCAUAGUCCUCUUCGAGUCGGCUUUGCUGCCGACGCUCAAGUUCUGCCUCACCAUCUUCUAUGGCGCCCAGUCGGAGACCUUGCCCGUUGUCUGGGGCUGGCUGCAUCCGAUUUUGUCCCUGCUCUUUGGCAUGAUGUGGGUUCUGCCCAUCUUUAUGCUGUCCAAGAUUGUGAGCUCGCUGUGGUUUGCGGAUAUAGCAAAUGCCGCCUACCGUGUGCGAAAGGGUCGUCCGCAGUUGAUUCCGGGGAUCAGUAAGCUGGUGGCUGACUUCCUCUUCAGCAUGGUGGUGCAGAUGCUGUUCCUGGUGCAGAGCAUGCUGGUCAACCUGGUGCCUGUGAAGUAUGUGGGCUCGACGCUAUGCUUUGUGCAUCUGUGCCUGCUCUACUCGCUGUACUCCUUCGAGUACAAGUGGUUCAACAUGGGCUGGGAGCUCCACCGACGGCUUACCUAUAUAGAAAAGAACUGGCCUUACUUCUUCGGCUUUGGCAUACCGCUCACCGUGCUUACAAACCUCUCCAGCUCGGUGAUUGUCAGCAGCUGCAUCUUCUCAAUUUUCUUCCCUCUGUUUAUACUCAGCGGCAAUGAGGCGAAGCCCAUUGUGGACACCACUGAGAUCUCGCUGCGUCUGUUCUCGCCGGUGGUCUUCAUAUCGAACCUCUGCUUUGGCGGCAAUCCCUGGAGCAAGGCCAACCGGCUGAGUGCCAUGCAGCGCCAGCAGUUUGAGCUUCAGCAACGCCAGCGACUGCUCCAGCGUGAUGAGCAGCUGCUCAAGCAGCGCAAGCAGCAGUACGUGCAGCAACAGCGUCUGCAGCAGGAGCAGCAGAUGCGAAGGGAACGCUCCCAUUCGCGUUCGCACACUCCGCAGCUGGGUGGGCCGCAUCGGUAUGCCCAGGCGCCCGUCUUUGAUGCCGGCCGGGUGCGCGACUCCUCUGCCUCGUCCACGCACAGCUCCACCUCGCCGAGCCUCAGCAGGCCGCCGCCUUAUUACGGGAGCACGUUGCGCGGAGCUGCACCUCUGGUGCCCACGCCAGUGCCCGGAGCACCAAAGGCGCCGCUCACCCCGCCCGUGAUACGCCAGGAGACGGGUCCUGAUGACUGGAACUUGUGAGAUUUAUGCAUAUACACUCUACGUAGGCUUUAGCAUUAUAUAUAUAUACAUAUAAUUCGAUCUGUGUAAUGUACGUAUCAUCUACUACUAUCUAACCAUCGUGAACUGUCGUAAGUUAAGUGCAAACUCUAGGUCUUACGCAUAAUGACAAUGUUCGCUAGUCGAAAAUCGCCACCAGCACCACCACCAUGAAUGACUAUAUAUAUACAUAUAUAGAUAUUGUGGCUAUAUCUGAAAUGUGGCUCGCGCAACUGCUGCUGCAUAAUCGUUUACAUGUUUAUUUUAGGCUGAGUUUUUUCUCUGUUUUGAUUUUUUUGCUCGUAGGGUGCACACUCUCUGCACUAGAAAUUAUGUCGCGGGGCGUAAGUUUAUAAAUUUUAUGAUUAAUCGAAAAAAUAAAAAUAAAAAUAAUUUUGUACUUUCGUCAAAAA